AUGUUUAAUAAAUCUGCCACCGAGUGGCUGGAAUUUUCUGGAACUCUGAGGAAGAUGAUGACUUACAAAAGUGAUAGACUAUUUCCACAUGCAGGUCCUGAAGCCGACUACAAUGUGGGUAUAUUCAAGGCUAUCAACACAACUGGUGAUCUCAAUGACAAGGCAAACUGCUUGGUCAAUGCUGUCGGAUUCAAAAUUGCACCAGAGUACAACUACAAAAGAAUCGUGGUUGUGAAUCUAGCGGAAGGUGAUUUUAGCGGUAUUGUAGACGAACGCCGCGGUGAGGUAGUCAAAGUGACUCAACCAUACAAUGCUGAAGCAAAUGCUGUGAAAAUACAUGAGGCAAUUUUGAGAGGCUUCUAUUGAAUGUGAUUAUCCAUGUACUUGUAUAUUUUGCGAUUCUCUUCGAUUAUAUAGCAG